GUCCAUAGAAUGCACGGAAGAGCGAUUGCUGUUCUGAUAUUUUGCGCCGCUUGUAGCCGGAUCCUGGUGGAAGCUGCUUCAAGUAACGUAACUACAGCCAAUCUAAUUACCGGGAACGGAUACCUGGCGGAACAACACUCGGUGGUCACCGAAGAUGGAUAUGUUCUAACCGUGUUUCGCAUUGCCGGAAGUCCGCUGAAUCCACCGAGACAGGGAAAACCUGUGGUUUUCCUUCAGCAUGGAUUGCUCUGCUCGUCGACCGAUUGGAUCAUUAUGGGUCCAGAGAACUCUUUGGCGUACCUGCUGGUGGAUUCCGGUUAUGACGUUUGGCUAGGAAAUGCUCGAGGAAAUACGUACUCGCGGCAGCAUAUUCGAGACGAUCCAUCUACGGCUAAAUUCUGGGACUAUACCUGGAACGAGAUCGGAUUGUACGAUCUUCCGGCCAUGAUCGAUUAUGUGCUAGGUAAGACCGGUGAAGUUUCUCUGCACUACGUUGGACAUUCGCAGGGAACAACGGCAUUCUUCGUUAUGGCCUCGUUGAGACCCGAGUACAACCCGAAGAUUCGUUCGAUGCAGGCAUUCGCUCCGGUGGCCUUCAUGGGCAACCUGAAGUCUCCGUUUGUUCGUGCUACGGCUCCGUUUGUGAACCAGAUCGAGUGAUUGAUGCGAAUGCUGGGAAUCAACGAGUUCCUACCGAACAGCGAAAUGAUGGUUCUUGGAGGACAAAAGGCUUGCAACGACGAGUCCCGCUUCCAGGAGGUCUGUGCCAGUGUACUCUUUCUAAUCGCUGGAUUCAAUUCGGAGCAAAUGAAUCGAACCGUCCUUCCCGAGGUUCUGCGACACACUCCAGCGGGAGCUUCGGUCACGCAGUUUGUUCACUACGCUCAAAGUGUAAACUCGGGACGUUUCCGACAGUUCGACUACGGUAUGAUGCAAAACCUGCGCCGUUACGGGUCGUGGUCUCCACCGAGCUACCCGUUGGAACGCAUUACGGUACCCGUCUUUCUGCAUUACGGCGAAAACGAUUGGCUGGCGGCGGUCCAAGAUGUCCAGCAGCUGGAGCGACAACUCGGAAACUCGGCUGGCUUGUUUCGAGUUCCCGACGCGCGUUGGAAUCAUUUGGAUUUUACGUACGCCAUCAGUGCCAGGAGUUUGCUGUAUGACCGCGUCAUCGAACUGAUUACCCGGUGGAAUGAGCCGCUUGCGGAAUGAGCACUAAUUUAGUACUAAAUUGAAGAGUUUAUUAUCAGAUGAAAACAUCGAAAAUUUUCAUUUUUUUUAUUAUUUCACUUGUACUGUGAUGAUUAGGUUGUAUUUUUUAAUUGUUUCGAAAUUGAAUUAAAGGCUCACGGAAUGUAUCUUAGAAGAUUGACAUUUCAAGUCAAUUGUAUACAAUAUACAAUAUACGCACGGCUACCUUAGCCGUGGGCACCAAA